AAAAAAUAAAAAUUCUUCCCUAUAAAACUCAGACGGUGUUUCCAUUAUCAGUCUCAAAAUCCAAAUUUCUUUUCCCUCUCUUCACCUGUUUUUCUCUCUCUUUACUACAAAAAUGGUGACGGUAGAGGAAUCGGUUGUUAACACUAAACUUUCACCGCCAAAUUCUUAUUCUGCGGUGGUUCUUGGUGGCACUUUUGACCGGUUACACGACGGCCACCGCCUCUUCCUCAAGGCCGCAGCAGAAUUGGCGAAGGAUCGUAUUGUGAUUGGAGUCUGUGAUGGUCCUAUGUUGAAGAAUAAGCAGUUUGCUGAAUUAAUACAACCCAUUGAGGAAAGGAUGCACAAUGUUGAAAACUAUAUCAAGUCUUUUAAGCCGGAACUUGUUGUGCAAGCUGAAACUAUUACAGAUCCCUACGGGCCUUCAAUCGUCGAUGAAAAUUUGGGGGCUAUUGUUGUUAGCAAGGAGACAGUGGCAGGUGGGUUGUCCGUUAAUAAGAAGAGAGCUGACAGAGGCCUCUCACAACUAAAGAUUGAAGUUGUAGACUUGGUUCCUGAAGAAUCUGGUGGAGCUAAUAAGCUCAGUUCUACGACAUUAAGGAGACUUGAGGCCGAGAAGGCCAAAGAACAACAAACACCAACAGAGUCAUAGUUCCUGAUCAUGCGCGAUGUCCUGAAAUUAAUUGCUUUUAUCAAUACGUGACUCUGCAAGGUUCAGGAAACAAAGAAUUUCGUGGAAGACUGUUUGGAAAAUACAUGAUACAAGAUAGAGAGAAUGUCUUUGUAUAAUUUUAUGAUUUGAUCUACACAGUCUCUCCCCAAAAUGUUAAUAAAUUGAUGUUUUGAUGUGGAUUUUAUAGGACUCAGAAUCGUUUCGCUCUUGCACUAUGUAGCAAGAUAUCUGCGUGAGCGUGUUCUCACAGGUUUAGCCUUUGGAACUGCUGCAGCUUCAGUAACCUUGAAAGUAGAGCAGGCAGUUUUUUUAUUUCUAUUUAAACUUAGUAUCACAUUUCUGAUAUCAGGAUUAUGUAUCAUGCGGAGGCUCCUUUUAUCAUGAUCAAAAUCGCUUGAAAAAAGCAUUGCAUC